AACCUGUAUUCCAUAAAUUAAUACAAGUAUCCCGUCUUACUCUACUAGCGUGCUGCGACUUUGGUAUUUGUAAGAGCGUAAAAGAUCGCCAAGCGCGCCAAUAUAUAUAUGGAUUGGUCCACGCAAAAUAUUUAUAUUUUGCGUGGACCAAUCCAUAUAUAUAUAUAAUUCUUUCUAACGAACAAUGUCUCCCUCCGGGCAGAUCUGGCAGAAACUAGAGAAGCAAAACGCAAAGACUGAAUUAGCAUUAGCUUGUUUCCUGAUAAGCGUGGAUAAAAAUGGCGUACUCCUUGAGGUCAAAAAACAAAGAGAUGAAGACGCCGCUCGAUCUUCUGGAAAGUGAUCCACAGGCCGCUCUUGGCGCGCUUGGCGAUCUUUUACGCUCUUACAAAUACCAAAGUCGCAGCACGCUAGUAGAGAUAGAGAACAGUCUAUCCCGCAAUCGACGUCCACUAACCCGUUAUGUUAAGCCACCCACAUAUCGGAUAGAGAACGAAGUGCAGCGGAAAAGAUUGCAUGACGUGAACAUAGCCGGUCCCAGCAACGCUUCGAAGUAUCGAGAUAGGGUCAUAGCAGGAACAAAACAGCAGAAACACAUUUGUCCUUGUAUUAGUGGUACGCUUGUUGAUUUUGCGUCAGUAUGUAAGCAAUUCAAAGUGCGCAAUUUUGUAAAUGUUUAUAUCAUCUUUGCACAUUUUUUCAGACUGUCAACUGGCGACAGAUGAGAUUUCCAUGACCAAUUCGGAGGAUGCAUCAUCGGAAAGCACACAAAAGGAGGGAUUAAGCGACAUGAAGGAGAA